CUAUACUGGGAGUUAUGUUUUGGUUCAGGUGUAGUGGAAUAUCUUAUCAAAUGGAAAGGUUAUGAUGACUCAGAUGACGACACGUGGGAACCAGCAGCACAAUGCGAUUGCGCGGGGUUGAUUGAAGAAUUUGAGAAAUCGCAAAAGAACACAGCGGAGAAGUCGUCAAAAACACGAAAAAGAAAGAUUCGCGAGAAAGAGGACAAAGAAGACGAAGAUGUCAUUCCUGUGCUGAACGACAAUGAUGAUGAUGUGUUUGACGAUGGCACCUCUGAGAGUACCGCUAAAACUCGUCCUAAAACAAAACGCAAAACCUCAGUGGAUGAUAAGAAGUAUGGUGUUUGUGAAGGACGCAAAAUUUCUCGUAUCCUUGGUCUCAACAACAAAUCCUCGGAACUGCGUAUGCUAGUCGUAUAUUCGGAUGCGAUGAAAGAUCGCAAAAAGGGAGUCGAGCUAGUGCCAACCCGGAUUUUACGACAUUAUGCACCUCAGAUGGUCAUCGAUUAUUACGAGUCGCUAUUAGAUAAAAAUGUUCAAUAA